AUGGACGACCAAGAGUUUCGUAGCCUCCUCGAUCUCUUCCCCGUCGUACGCUCUCGCGACCACCGUGUGAGCGAAUGGAACGAUUUACCGAGCGUAGCUGAGCCGAAAGACUUGAAAGAGUGGAAGCCUGAUCAAGAUACAUUUUGGGAUAAGCUGAAAAUGGCUGCUGCGAAGAAGGUUGGUGAGGUUGAAGCAGAGAGGUUUUGCAAGGCUUUCGAGAAACUCCACAAGAAACUUGUGUAUGAAGAGUUGGAUCCAGAAGCUGCAAAGCGAUACUUAUUAAACUCUUAA